CUAAUAACCAACAGUAGCUGUGAGGGGCGGUGUCCGGCAGAAGGAUAGGGGAGAGCUGGUGUACGCAGCCUCCACUUUUACGCAUCAGUUGUUCGUGAAGGCAUCAAUGCUAAAGAUACCUCCAAUCUGGAUUUUGUGUACAGAUCAUCACCAGUUUUUUUCUGAAACAUAAUUCCGUUUUAAGCUCUAAAAAGGGAAGCGUACACCUGCCGAGAGAGCGGAGCAAGUGGACCCAAAGAAAGUUUCCGUCAUGGGAGCGCGUGGAUGGAGCUCAGCGCGUCUCGGGUUUGUCGUUUGUGGAUAUUUAGCGUUUUUCUGCGGGGAGAUUUUCCCACAGGCUGAAGCGGGCUGCAGGGAGAGAGAGAGCCCCAACUGCUGCACCGGCCGGAACAAUGAAUGUUUUGAGUACACCAGGAGAAAAACGGUGUGCUACUGUGAUACCUACUGUCAGAAAACCAGAGACUGCUGCGAGGACUACCAGAGCGUGUGCCAAAUAUCUGGUGAGCUGCGUUUAAACGCCUUCAACUUGUUUUGUUUGGAUGUUAUUCAUAGCUGUCCAGUUUGGGUCAGAGAUGGCUGGCAUUGAGGUGACAUGGAGACAGUGAGACAUACUACACAUAGCUGUCUCCAGUGUGCUUAUUAAGGCUGUUUGUUUAGAGUAACCGGACAGAGAUGACCAUUAGGCUCCUAUACAGGCAGGGCUUUUGUUUUUCAAAGGCAUAGUUGUGUGUUUUACAGGUUGCUGGGUUGACCCAUGGCAUUAAAAGGUUAUAAAUGUGCAGCUUAGUUAAGAACUGGUUGAGGAGUGAAAAAAAAACUGAUCAAGGUAAAGUCAAAAUGCUGCUCCAACUCAUGUUUUGUCAUUUUAUACUUACAAAUAAACACAUUUUAAGUUUAUCUAUUGAGACACAGAGAUAAUAAACUGCACUUUGAAUCAUGAGAUUAAGGUUCGAUGUUCACAGAAAGUGUGUGUGGGUCACCUCUCCUCUCAUCAUCCUGGCUGAUUUCUGCUAUAUAUGGACAAAUGAGGAACUGGACGCCAUGGAAACAGACUGCCAAAGAUGGUCAGAGUACAGUAGAGCUGUGUCUGUCUGAGAUGUGACAGACAGACAGGAAACGUACAAAGCUCUCUCAGUAUGUUGAAACAUCUCAAGUUCAAAGUGAGUAAUUAUCUGUGAGCAGAUACACACAGACUGUGACCCUAAAGUGCUCACUAACAAUCACCUGCAGAGUGGCUCUUGCAGGUCAAAGGGCUCUCGCCAUGCUGCACUGAUCCCUCUAUUUAGGCACAUUUAGCGUACACAUUGUGACGUGUCCGUGCCGGGAUGUGAACUGGCUGCUUCAUUUGGACUCAAGUGAAUCACUUCAAAGUGCUUAAGAGGAGGCAGCACUUUAUCAGACCUCAGCGUAAACUUCAAAGAUAGCUGAGAGACUUGUAAAUCACUCUUUAACUGCUGCAUGCUGUGCUAAAAACACACACUUGUAAACUAGUGCACAUUUAGACUUACUUUCCUCAGUACUUAAAUUUCUCACUAUGUCUUUGUCUUUGAAGCAUUAUUUGCAAAUUAAGAAACACUGAUGCUGGUUAAGAUUCAGUAAAAAAAAUACAUCAAGUUUUUGAAGUUUAAAAAAAUUAUCUGUCUGCUUUUAUUUUGGUAAGAAUUGUGUUAUUGCAACAAAAAUCACAGACUGAAGAGGUAAAAAUGAUUGCAAAAACAUCAUAUUUCUUUUUUUUAAAUUUAAUAGUCAAGCUGUUCUCAUCAGGAUAAGCCCAGAUACAUAUCAGUGAGUCUUUUUUACUUUUAUUUCCUACCCAACAGCAAUGGCUUGACUGCCAGCAUCUGAAGGUAUCAAAGCAAACAGACAAGUGUAGCCGACUAAAGCCUUAGUGCGUGUUUGGUACCCACCAGUCAAAGAGGAUCGUACUGUAGAGACAGUGUUUAUCACCCAGCAGCCAGCUGUAAGCAGUCCAGACAUGACUUGAUUUCUCCCAUGUGUCUGCCAAACUGAAACCUAACAGAACCGGCUCAAGGAAGCUCCUCAGGUCAGUGUUUAGUCAUCAGUGUUCGGUUCAGCUGCAGCUGGACUCUCAGGGGUCGGCUCACGGCUGCACGGGCAUCAGUUCACUCACGUGUCAGAGGGUUUUUUUUUCUCUGAGGACAGAUUGUGGGCUUACUCUGACAGGUGAAUCCUGCUGUGACAGAGUGCAGAAGAUAGCGGAUCUGUCCUGGGAGAGCUUCAGGCUGCAGGCUGGACAGAGUGUCACUGUACAGAGCAUGAAAUCAAAACAUGACUGCUGAAUUUUACUAAAAGAAUAUUGUUUUCCACUUCAAUUUGGAAGGAUUUGCAAGUCACAAAGUGUGCUGCUUGAAAAUAAAUCAUGAGGUUUUAAUUCUCAAACAUAGUAUGCAACAUUUAGGGUAUUACGAACUUUUAAAAAAGACAGAAUGCAAUUAGAAGAAUGAAAUUGAAGUAAAAGCAGUGAAGACACUCCCUGAAACAGAACGACACCACCCUGUCCACCAUCUUUACAAGCUGCAAGGAUGAGUGAACUUUGAGUGACGCUCUUCAACACACCUUAACUUCCUCCCCCUGAUACCUGAGCAUCUCCACCGUAUAAACAACAACAACACGCAGCUGUGGUUGGCUCAAAACGCCUUGAUAUUUUCUCACCCACAUCACACUCACACCUUAUCUGAUCCUGAUCCUGCAGCUCCGUAACGCUCGGCGGCGUCUGUCUGUGCACCGUCUGUCACAGUCUGUAAUUUAGUCAUGUCAGCUGUAGCCGAGCAAAGAGCCUGCUGGAGUGGGUGACAUCAGAGCAGAGACAGAGGGGGUGUCAGACUGUUUGUACUCGCACUCAAACACUUACAGGACUGAAGAGUUUGAUAAGAUUAACUCCAGAGGUGAUUUUUCUCUAAAGUGAAGAUUUGGCAGGAGUUUGGGGUUCUUGUUAACAGUGCGGAGGAGGUUUACGUGUGUUAUUCUCUGUUUAGGGAUUAAAUUACGUUAAAAGUUGAAUCAUGAGUGUAUCGUUUGAGCAAACCCUCCCUACUCUGAUAGAUUUAAGUCCAUGGAUUAUAAGAAAACAUAAAGAUUGAAACUAUAUGCUAAGUAUAAAUACCAUAAAGCAAACCUUGGCUGCUUUAUGGUAUUUAUACUUAGCAUGCAUAAAGUACAUCAUCCCAAAACUACAGGACUAUCUUUCUAUAUAUGGAUGCAUUUUGCAGUGAGAAGCCAGAAUGAUUAGAGUGAUCCUUUAAAUGCAGUGUUACAUCCGCAGGGGCAGCUGUCUCUGGUUGUAGGAGUACCUGUUGGACAUCAUAAUUUCAGUGUCUGUGCUUCUGUAACUCUGUAAGGAGGACAGCAGUGGCAGCUGGUAGUUUUCACAUCACUAUGAAGACAUAUUGAAGUCUGAUGAGCAGACUCUAGAGGUCUCUCUCCCGAAGGCUUGUCUCCUCUUCCUUCUGUCCUUCAGGGUGUGGUGCACGGUCAUACCAUCAUAUUUGAUUCUUUCCACCUCUACUCUCACUCCUGUUUUUCUUCUCCCCUCCCUUGUGCUCGUCCUGCAGCCUCUACAAGUAGAAUAGAUGUUUUUAAUGCCGGGGCUGAAAUAACCCAGCUGCUGCAGUCUUUCCAUCCUGUUUCUCCUGGAGCACACGUACUGCACGCAGCAAAUGAGAUAACUUGGUUACAGAGUUGACACCCAUCACUUGGACUCUUCAGGAACCAGAUAACUAAAGUGUUAUAAUCCAUGCUGAAUUUGAAAUAUGUCAGCUGUUGUCAUAGGAACUGUGUCUACCAGGAGAUACGUGCAGGCUAACUCUUCGUUAAUGUUAGAGUAAUGUGGAGUCUCUGGUACAUGGAUGAUAUUAAAUCAUGCAUUUGUGUUUCAAGAGGACUUUCUGGCUUUCUUUGUGUUAAUGAGAUGCUGACAAAUGAUGAAUGGACAUGAAUUCUGGUCGAGGUUUUUAAGCCCCUCUUGGUUAUGAAUGGCAUCAACUUUUACUCAAGUUAGCUACGCUGGUUUCUCCUGUUUCUAAGCCAAAAGUGUGGAUGUUAUCAAGCCAAGCUAAAGAGCCCAUCACUGUAAACACAUCUGAUUAACAUUAGCAUGUUAGGGUUGUUUUGUAGAGACAAAGUCCUCCCUGUCUCUUGGACCACAAACCUUCUAUUUAAAACAAAAUGGUACAAGAUGUCUCAUUUUUCAGACCUGCAGAGCCACACUUUAACAUACGUAGCUUUUCAAACUUGAUUUCCUCCUUAUUUUAUUCCUCUGACUUGUUUCGAAAGAACUUUAACCAGCAGAUGCUUCAGUGAGAUAAACGCUGUGUUUACAGCUUUAUGUUUAACUGUUUUAGUUGUAGACUUCAAGUGUUAUUUAGUACAAACAGCUGAGUUAUAUUCUUAUAAAGUCCGUUUGAUUAUCUCCCUAAAGUUUGUACCUUAAGUAGGGAUUUUAAAGAGAGGGGACACCAUGGAUACUCCAUAAUUUUCAGGUAUAAUUUUGCAGUUCAUCAACUGCUCUUGAGAGAAAACAGAGUCCACUAGUUUCAGGCGGUAUGACGGGGUUAUGUUAGGUCAUAAUUUGCAGACCAUUUGUAAUAGCACCACACAGGGAAGGGGGUUUCCCCGCAAGCAGUAUUUGGUGCACUUUCCUACUUGUGAUAAUGAGUCUACUUUUGAAUGUCCAUCUAAAUUACAACAACAAACAAACAAACACAUACUUAUUUAUAGUACAUGAUCUACACUGAGGAAGGUGGAGUCUAUUCUAAAGAACAUGGAUCACCCACUUCACAACACCUCGAUGGACCAAAGGGCCAAUGGUGGUGGACGGCUCCUCUCUCUUCGCUGCAGGACAGAAAGAUUCAGAAGAUCUUUUGUAUCAACAGCCAUUAGACUUUAUAACUCUUGUGUAAAUAGUAGAUAACUGUUAGAGACAUAUUAUGUGAGACAACAGACAAUUGAAUUUCCCUGCAGGGAUUAAUAAAGUUAUUCUAAUCCUUACUUUUUUUCUUAUGUAUAUUUUUGAAGUGGAGUCAGCGUUCGUCAUGAAAAUAUGUUUUUCUGUAUUACAGUAUGUCUACAGUUUGUUGCUGGCCAUGUGAUGCUCAAACUUCCUGCAGUGUCUGAGGAGAAAAUCUGUCUCAGCUGUGUUUGUAAUGAACCCUCCUAAUGAGCUGGCUUCCCCGGCUCCUCUUUUCAAGGUGUCUACAGGAAAUAUUUAUGUGCCAACCUGUCAUUAGGCCUCAGUCUCCUGUCCUUCACCUCUAUUAACAGCCUUGUGGUUCUCCCCUGUGUGUCUCUCAACAUUAUGAGUCUUGUCUGAUGGGACCAGCGCCAUGGGAGGGGGGGGUUUGCUGAGGAGGGUUUUGGGGUGCAGUGGUCCUCCAGAGCAGCUGGACAUCUGGGUCCUAUUAAAGAGGAGGUGGGAGGUGGAUGGAGGGGGCGGAAGAGUGAGACCAAAGAGGACCAAACAGAGAAAGGACAGAUGGGGGAGAGAGAACAAGAGGGAAGAGGGGACGAGGUGAUAAAGGGAGGAGAAGAAGAUAAAGCCAAUUGGGCGGGCAUGUCUGAUAACUCUUUUGUUAUGAAGGCUUAAAAUAGAGGAAGGAUCCAGAGAGAAAAAGCAGAAGAAUGCUGCUCUGAAAAGCUAGAUGUACGCUUUUAUCUGACUGUGGCAAGAGUGACUGGAGAUCGGCUGACAGGUCGGGAGAUAAAAGCGCUGAGGUUGGAUACACAUUCAGAGUUUGGUUCAGUUCGUGAGGUUUGUCUGAAGCUCUGCCAGCUGCCAAGAAAAUCAGCCAAAUGCCACAAACUGUGUCCAAGCAAACUGUUAUCUCUGUGGAUUAUCUUUGUCAGAGUACAGCUGCGCACGUUCACCCCUACAACAGCGAUGUGCAUCAUUUCAAGAGAAGCUUUUUAAAACUCCAAUAAAAGUUUUUUUUUGUGAGUUUGUUCCAACUGACUGUAACCGCUAUCAGAUUUGAUUAAGAUCUGGCUUAAAGGGAAAGUCUGUGUAUUUUUUUAAGUGGGGUUGCAUGAGGUUCUGGUUAGUAGUAGUGUAUUACUCAUAGAGGAUGCUAGUCAGCUCGACAACAAGUGCCAUUUGUUUCCCGUGUUGGGGUCAAAGGUCAGAGGUGAUGGAGGAGGGAGGCUUUCUAACUUUCUCCUCUGGGACAGGGGACAGCGGCGGCUGUGGUCGGCGCGGGUCAAGCUGUGUCAGACUCUCUGAGGGGUUAUCAUGUGGGCGGUAGGACUGUCACACUGGUGGUAGCAGAAACAGAGCCGGGGGGACCACCACAGUUUGGCUAAUUGCCUUUUGACCCCCGGUGGCCAGAGGGCAACAGGCUGAGACUACCAGACGGGCCCUCAGACCUGCUUGAUCGGAGGUGUAAUCGCCUUGUUUUCCCCUCGUGUUCGGGAACUCGCUGACCCUAUCUCUUUCACCGCAGCAAAGACCUAAACUGGUCUGCUUGUUUGUGGAUUUCACACCAUGAAGAAGAAAAGCAGCAAAAUAAGAGCCACACAACUGAACAAGGAGUGAGGAUAAGAAGAGGAAGAGGAGGCCAGAAAAGGAAGCUGAUAUGUGUCAGAUUGGAUUACACCCCUCUGUGUUCUUUCCAGAAAGUUCAUGUCACUCCGCAAAAGUACACGGGUUACUGUGUGUGUCUGUGUGUUUUAGGGUGAUGACUGAAGGUGGAACAAGCCCAAGUGGGUGGGUUUAAUCUGACAGAAACUGUUUUCGAUGUGUGUGUGUAUGCGUGUGUAUAUACGUGUGUGUGGCGAUCUGGGAAAGGCGAGUGUCAGGUGGGCAGCACUAAUGUGCAGGAAUGCAGAGAUUCCACAGUGGCUUUGUGGAUCGGCCGUGUCACUGAGACUGCAGGCCCCCCCCCCUCCCCUCUCUGAAACCCCAACAGGACCAUGGGAAUGAACCGAACAGGCGGCACCUUGAAAGCUCUCUCUCUCUUUUUCUACUGUUCACACACACACACACACACACACACACACACACACACACACACACACACACACACACACACACACACACACACACACACUGUUACACUAUUGUAUUGAAGGGUGAGUGUGUGUUAUAAAGACAGAGUUAGGUAGAUUAAACGGCGAGGCGGAUUAGAUCCAGUUAUGGUAUAUUUAUCCUCUGGCUCCCUGUAAUUUCAUGAGAGAACCUCUAAUAGCUUCACGCUGUGUGCACCUGCUCUCAUUGUGCUCAACUUUUUACUGUGAGCAUCAUUGAAAGCAGAAGCUCUGCAUCAAAAUUAAGCUUUUAGAGGAGAUAGAUGUUUAUGUUUGCAUUUAUUAAUUUCUCAGAGAAAGUUGAGGAGCUCUCUCUUCUCAUUUGCAGUUAAAAGUCUGCUGCUAUUAGAGGUCCAGAUUAGACGAGGUCUAAUUACUGCUGAGCUUUGAUCAAAGCAGACAUCUGACUAAUACGGCUUCCUCUAAGGCUGAUGUAAUUGGCUAAAUCAGCCUACAGAAGUGGAAGCCUGAUUGCUGCGACUGCUGCUUUGUUUAUAUGGUGUCCUGCUCGUGUCUGUGUGUGUGUGUGUGUGUGUGUGUGUGUGCCUGCAGAGGGGAACCAAACAGAACAGGAUGCAAAAUUAGCCCCUUAUUUAAAUGGCCCACACAUAUGUCCCUGGAUGCAGACUUCCUGCGUCUAGGGUUCUAGUCUGGGGAUCUGACAUUAGUAGAUGGUAAUGACCCGGUCACCCGUUUGCUGCACGCCUACCUGAGUAAAUACUCUGUGCAAUAUUAUGCAACUCUAUAUCUGGGUGUGUGUUGCAGCUCACACUUUCAGCCAUGCAGUAAGGCAUGGCAGCAAAGAUUAAAGGAGAGUUUAAAAGUUAAAACAACCUCAGGGGUAAAGAUCAACUGAGUUUUCUGAAGGAAAGCGUGUGUUGCUGCACAGCUGGAGGAAACUUGAAUAGAUGAGGGCUAGCUGGUUACAACUGUGAAGUAAAUAAGCAAUCUGGGAGCCAUGGAUGAUCAGUCUGUAUCACUGCUUGCAACAUGAUGGGCCUUUGAGACUGCAUGCAAACUUUUUGUAAUUCCAGGAUCAUCUGCAUAAUGUUCAGUGAAAUCAUUUUUGGUGCAUUACAUCCACCAAUGUUGCAUCUGUGUCAGGAAAGAGGCCCAUGUCACAGAAAGACACAUUUCAACGGUUGGAGGUCCAAAUAAAAAAACUGUUUUCUAGCAUGUACUCGCAAUUUAUGGGUCUCAAGUUUAGAGAGAUUUUGGAAACAACUUUUUAAAUGUUCGCAGGAAGGAGGUCUGAUCACUAAUUUCUAAUGCAUCCCAAUAAGUCCAGAAAUGUAAAGGAGUUUUAACAAGAACAGUUUUUGAGGAUAUUUGAUUAUCGAGAUAAAUAAACUAUCAGUAAACUAGUAGAAGUUGGGUUGUCAUGGCAGCAGUGUGUGUCAGCGAUUUAUUUCUGCAUAUACCAAAGCCUGCUGAUAUGUGAUUGGCCAACUCUGCCAAUGAUACUUAAAUUGACCAGAACACUUUCUCUGCACAAAGUCUAAAUUUUUAUGAAGAAUCUGUGAAUAGAGUUUUGUUUGAAUCCAGACGGGACUUAAUUUCUCACUUAUUCUGAAAACCAUGUGAAUAUUUUCCAGUGUCUUUGUGGUCUCAAUCUCUGUUUUCAAAUCUACUGUAUUCCAGCGUAGUGUUUAUUUUGUGAAUUGCGGUCACAUUUAGAGCCAAUCUGACUGUAAAGCAGGGUGUGCAUUAGGGUGCAGUUUCCUGUUUUUUUGUGAGGCAAUCCUUCAAGCAGGAUAGAGACAUAGUGCUGCAUAUGUUUCCACCCUGGCAGUCUAAUUAUGAUUAAAAAAAAAGCCCAAAACGUUGAAGUCGAGGCUUUAAAAAGUGAGUCUAGAAACAUUUACUUUCAAUUUUUGCAAACGGUCUACGAUUAAAACUAAAAGUUUUUUUUUUAAUCGCCUUUAUACCUAACUUUUAUUACUUGACCAAAAACUGUUCGGCUGAUCUCCCCUUCUUCCUGCUUCCCCAGCAGCCAUUGACUGUGAGGUGGGCUCCUGGGGUCCCUGGUCAUCAUGCACAUCACCAUGUGGAGUUGGCAGCACAGAAAGAAGUCGCCAGGUGUCUGUACCUCCCAGAAACGGGGGCACGCCAUGUCCAGACCUCAAACAGCGCCGAGGAUGCUUCGGAAACAACGCCAUAUGCAGCACUGCGAAAGGUGAGAACUUGACCUUUUUCCCUGGCCCUGAAAGGUAUGCAUGUAUGCAAGCACGAAGGCUGACUUUGAACUGUGUUACAUACUCAUUUGGUAUUUCUGUGCUCUUUGGGGAACCUCUUGUUCACACUUUCACUCUUAGUAACACAUUUGCACACAUCUGGUCUGGAGCCUUAUCUCCAGCUGCAGGGUAUCAAACACCUCUCUGAAGUCCUGAAACACUUUCUGAGAAAUGAAACACCAGCAGGACACAGUUCACACUUUUCCAAGUUAAAGAUUUCCAGGGGGAACAAAUGUGGCUUUAGAGUUUACCUUUACAAACCAUUUACUGUUGAAAAAGUACUUUUGGAGUUUUAUUUUGGGGCCUUUUUUUUUUUUCAUAAUUAGAUUAGGAAAUAAUGUAGGAAAUAGAGAGUGAGGGAGGACAGAGCCAAGGAUUAUGACUUGAAGUCAGACUAGCAGCCACUGCUAUGGGGACUUCUUUGUAUGAGACGCAUCAGGGUUUUUCCUAAGGAGACAAUAGAGUGUAUUGUAUCGUAUCGUAUCGUAUUGUACCGUAUGGUUUCACUGCAAGGCCAAUCAGUGCCCCUUUAAGAGGAAAAAAAUCAACGAAAAAAUGAUCCUUUUUUAACGUACACGUGCUUUUAUCCCACCCAUCUCCACACCUAACCUGCAGAGGUGGCAAAGAUCCUGCCUGACUCUUUCAAGAGGAACUUCAAGGACCCGUGGAGGCGACCACACAUGCUGAUGAAGGAAGAGAAGGCCAGGUAAGGCCUCUAUUAUCAAACUGCAAACAAGCACCCAGGACUGCUCACGACUGACCCAACCAGCCCUCUUUGUUUUGUCUGUCUCGGUGGCUUUCAUGUGCAAUCGAUGCAGAGAGUGGCAAUUACAGCUGAACUCCACACAGUGUAGAGCGAUUUGAAGUCCCUGAAGAGGCUGACUUUUUACAUCAGAAAGAGUCAUUUUGUGAAUCCUAUCAAUGCAAUUAGUGUGAAAAUAAAGGUUUACUAUUUCAAAAGCAUCAGUGGUUUUAUACAGUAUGUUCAGCAAAGCUCAGGGUUCGUAUUUGUCAGCAAUCACCAUCUUUUGUUCCAGCUCCAAACUCCACAGCUGCUUCUCAAUGUUCCUUAAAAUACUUGAUUUGACUCCAGGUUCAUAUCAGGUUUUUUCCUUGGUUGUGACUUUGUUUCAAAGGUCAAUAUAAGAUCAACUUUGUGCUCCAAAAGAUUAGAGAGUACAGACCAAGGCCAAGGUUGCCAAAGCACACAGAGCCUUGAAAUUGCUAUGGCUGUGUAACAUAACCGCUGUCAUUGAAUAUCUGCAUCAUUCGCUGACCUUUUCUGAUAAGGCAGCCUUAAUCCCUGUAAGAGGAACACUCCUCCUCCUGCUCAGAUGUCAGAUUUGAUCGGAGCUGAUUGCAGAUGUUCUCAGAGCAGGAAAAAUGAGAAAUGAGGGAAUUAAAUCAUAGCUGGCUUCCUGACAGCACACGGCUCUUCACACUGAUUAAAAUGGACACCAGAUACCCAUGUUUUGACUGAAAUACAAAGCAUCAGGGUAAUGGAAGAACAUAUAGUCAUAAAUCUGAAACUUUCAACAUGGAUGACACAGAGUUAGAGUGAUUUCACAGAGACAUCUGGUCUCUGGUAUUGUCUUGGAUGUUGACCAGGGAAACGAGGGGUUAAAAUAACAUGAAGUGAUGAUUGGUUGUUGUCUUUGGAUCUCAAGUUAAAGCUUUACAGAGUAAAAUUUCACAACAUGAUGGAUGUUUGAAUUUGAUAGAGGCUAUCACAAAGUUUCCUGUUUACCUGAAGGAGCCUGAAGAAAACUUGUGAAAGAAGAAAACUUUUAUUUUGGACUUAAGACUUGUUGUGCAGACAGAAACCUUGUAAGGAAAAGUCAUUAUGACACUUUUUCCACUUCUACCCACUAUCUUUUCCUUGUUUGUUAUCUGCCUGGAGGACAGGGUUGAAUCUUGCUGAGGAAAAAAAAAAGCAGUUUUGUGUUUUCUUUGACAAACCACCCCAUCGAGGCUGGUGUUUAGACGCAGCUGACUGAAUCAGAGACAAAAUAAAUAGUGCAAAAGUUCAAAGUGGCUGCCAGAGAACAUAGUGAGCAUGAAAACAAGAUUAUAUUAUUGUUUCCAGUGGACAGAGUGAGCUGUGCAAAUAUUAGGAGACCACAGGUGACCGUGACACUGCAGAAUCACCUUCAAAAAGAGAGUUUGAUUUGUCUUUAGUCUGGUAAAAGUCGUGAUUUUUUGUUUGGUUGAUGAUAACAACGGAGGUUUUUUCUCAUUUUUGCAUCUUGUUCAAGUUCUCUACUUGGCUGAGUUGAUGCUGUCUUUGAAUAGAUAAAUAAGCAGUUUUAAAGAAGCGUUCAAACUUUUUGACUCGUAUGUUUUUUUUGAGCAGAUCCAAGCAUCAAAAAUAAAUGAAAUUCUGUCUGUUUUUCUUCACACCCGUCUUCUUUCUCCCACUCUCUCUUUUGCGUUUGCAGUUAUUGUGUGUACCUGCGAGUGAAACAGGCCAGCGCAGCAUGUAAACUCAAACUCUGGAGUGCUCAGCUGGUGAGAGAGAGGCUGGUCUGUGCGGAGUGUCAGAGUGAUGCCAUGUCAAAGUCAGACCGCUGCGGAGGUGACGGCCUGGAGAGCACCAGGUAAACUGAACCAGAAGAAGUCAACUGAACUUAUCUGAUACCAAGCCUAUGUCGUCUUCAUAAAGCCACAACGAUAGCCACCUACAGUCAGGCUGUAUGAUAAAAAUAUGAAAUUAAAGGAACAAUUUAACCCAUGUCAGCCCAUGAGCAAGGCACUGACCUCAUUACCACAAACUCUUCAUCAUCCAACCAUAUCGCUCCUUGUCUUCACAGAACUUUCUGGUCAGCAGCCUCAGUCCCAGGCUGUCACGGCUCCUGGGUGCGAGAGUCGUCCUCUGAGGGCUGCCGGUGUCCUCCCUACUCUGUGCUCUUUGUCUGAGCUGACACGUUAACCCCAGAAUCCGUACGCAGGGAUGAGAGUUCCCUCGCUGCCUCCUGCUUACCGUGGAGAGCCUUGCCAGCCAAGCCACACCGCUCUGAUCCAGAAUACUGGAUUUGUAACUCAAGGAGAUCAGCAGCAUCCUGCCACUUUUUCUUUUCACCUCAUACUCGUACUGUAUUCACUUCUACCAAGCACACAAAAGUUCCUGCAUUUUACAGCCACAUUAUGUUCUUAUUCUCUCCCAAAGCACAGCAGCAUAUAUGCUUUUUUACCUCUGAAUCUUUGCUAUCUACCUCCAGCAAUGCAAGUGCAUUUGUUUAUGCCUGAUGUACAAAUAUAUAAAUAUAUUAUUUUGCUUUAUACAUUUUCUACUUUCAAUUGUUUGUAUCCUAUAUGUGACUAUAUAGCUACAGUUACCUGUAUACAACAGUUUUAAACACCAAACAGCAGUCGCUGCACUCAGUUUAAGCCCCAAACCGCCUGCAGGUUGGAGACGCUGAAAACUGGUUCAACCAAAAUGUGUCCAUCGCUAAAACUCUUGAGUCAAUUUAUCCGUGUUUUUAUGUGUCCUUUUUUUGUUUUUCAUUUCUUUCAACAAAAACGUUUUACCAGCAAGUCCAGUUGGAUAUCAGGUAUUGAUUCUCAGGUGCUGAGAUAUGUGUCGUUUGUGUUACCAGUCAUGCUCUCUCUUUCUAAUGUCAGUCGUUGAUGUUUUGACGAGUUCAAAGUGACUCACAGCUGAAGUCAGUCCCAUCUGUUUUGACCUGAUACUGUUGGAGAGGAAAAAGAGCCAUUUAAUUGAAUUGAGACUGUGGUUCUCUCUGUCCUCUGUGUACAAGGCAGAAUUACUUAAUAACUAUGUUGUUUUCACUCCCUGCCCUUCUUAGAAAGCCUAUUACUUUCACAAGGGAGUUAACUAUCCAAUAUAACUAUCACGUUCAGCCUUUCGUUUUAUUAGCAGAGUCUCCUCCCUGCGCUUCAAAAGCUCCUCCAUCUGCACUCCUUUUCCUGCACUCUUUUGCCUGCUCGUCUCUCGGCAUGUUUCCUUAAAGAAACUGCAGAUUUAUAUAAUUCACAACUUAAAAAAAAAAGAACAGUUGGCUGAUUCCUGUUUCUCUAUAUCUGCCAGUUUAAGGAGGAGGAUGUGUGUGGUACCAGCAAAAGGCUUUUCUCUCAGGAAAGCUGUGACUUUCUUUUGUUUUCUCUCUCUCUCUCUUCUCUGUGUCUGUGUUUGUGUGUUUAUUUAUUAUUAUUAAAACAGUGAUGAUUUUAUUAGUGCAGCACGGCAUACUCUGACCACUGUCCAUUAGUGAAAAUAAACAACUAUACAGUCAUGUCUCA